UUGGAAGUGUUUUGUGAGAAAAUUACAAUGCAAAACACUCAAAAUAUGGGAGACAUGCAUUCAGCUUACAUACUAUCUACAAAACACCGUCCCAACUUCUCUACAUUUGUGGAAGUCGAUGAAAUUCCCAUCAUCGACUUCUCACAAACUAGCCAAGAAAAUCUCAUGUUAGAGAUUUGCAAGGCAUGUGAAGAGUGGGGAUUUUUUCAUUUAAUUAAUCAUGGAGUUUCCUCUGAACUUAUUAGUAAGGUUGCGAAUGAGACCAAAAUUUUUUUUCAGCUAAGUAUGGAGGAAAAAAAGAAACUAAAAAGAGAUGCAAUCAAUGCAACAGGGUAUCAUGAUGCUGAGCAUACUAAUCUUACAAGGGAUUGGAAAGAGGUUUAUGAUUGUUUUAUUAAAGAUGGAAUACAAGUCCCUUGUACUGAUGAUCCAAAUGACUUGGACCUAUGGACUCUAAAAAAUCAAUGGCCUCAAUCCCUUCCACAUUUUAGAAAAACAAUGGAGGAAUAUGGUGGGAAAUUAGAAAAGCUAUGUUUCAAGUUGUUGGAGUUAAUUUCAUUGAGCUUAGGCUUAGCUGGUGACAAGUUCCUUGAUUGCUUCAAGAAUCAACUAAGCCAUGUGAGGCUCAAUUACUAUCCUACAUGCCAUUUCCCUGAAUUGACACUUGGAAUUGGUCCUCACAAGGAUCCUUGUGUCAUGACUAUUAUUGCACAAGAUGAUAUUGGAGGUUUACAAGUUAAGAAAAAUUCAGUUGGUUGGGUUCCUAUUAAACCUAUUCCUGGUGCAUUGGUUGUCAAUCUGGGUGAUGUUUUUCAGGUUUGGAGUAAUGACAAGUAUGACAGUGCAAUACACAGAGUUGUAUUAAACUCACAGAAAGAAAGAUUCUCUUAUCCAUUCUUCUUUUUUCCAGGUCACCAUAUUACGGUGCAACCUGCAGAAGAGCUAGUGAGUGAGCAAAAUCCUGCAAAAUACAAACCAUACAAUUUUGGCAAAUAUUAUGCUAAUAGAACCCACCAUGAUUUCAACAAAAAAGAGGUUGCGGCUAAAGAAAUUCAUCACUUCAAGAUUUUGGACUAGCUAUUAAAAAAAUGUCUGGCUAGCUCUUGUUUAAAUUCCUCUUGUUUUUCAUAUUUUGCCUCUUCAAAGACCAAAUAAAUUAAGCUUCCUUUCAUUAAUUUAUGUAUUCUACUGCGAGAAUGUGUGAAAGAGGACAGUUUUUAUGAAAUUGUCGUAAU